AUGGGCAUCUUCGACGACACCGCCUCUGUCAUCUCCCGCAAAUCCUCCCACCACCACCACUCCUCGAGCCGCUCCAAGGACAAGGACAAGCACAAGCGCAGCAGCCUGUACUCCAUCUCGAGCCACAAAUCUCGCUCGCGGUCCCGGUCCCCGGGCGGCAAGUCCAUCGCCGCCUCCAUCUUCGGCCUCGGCGAGGACGAGGAGCGCAGCAGACACCGUAGCUCGCGCCACGGUACUUCGAGCCGGGCGGGCGGCUUCUUUGGCUUGCCCAACGUCUCGACUAGGAGCUUCUUUGGCGGAGACAAACACCGCUCCUCGACCUCGUCUUACCGGCGGUCCCCGCGCCCCAGCUUCUUCACCCGUGCCUACAAGCAGCUCAAGCGCCUCCUGCGCGACCUGGUCUACUAUGCCAAGCGCCACCCGGUCAAGGUCUUCACCCUCGUCGUCCUGCCCCUCAUCACCGGCGGCGCCCUCACCGCUCUCCUAGCCCGCUUCGGCCUGCGCCUGCCUAACGGGCUCGAGCGCAUGCUGGGCAUGGGUGCCCGCGCCAUGAGCGGAGACAGCAUUGGCCUCGUUGGCGAAGCCGUGCGCAUGGCGAGCGGCAUGGGCGGCAGGGAGGGGAGCGUCAGGGUGGAGAGAAACAGCUGGGAGAGGGACAUUGGUGGUGGCUUUGGUGGUGGUGGUGGAAGCUGGGGUGGAGGCAUGAUGAAGAGCGUGAGGGAGUUCUUUGAUUGAGGAACCACGCCCUUUCUUGACGUUUGCGUUUUCCUCAUGCCUGCUUUUUCCCCCUUUUCCUUUACUUCAAACUUCCUCCUUUCUUUGGAAAAAGGACGAUGAUCAUGAUGAAUGAUAUGACGAUGAUAAAUAGGCCGAAAAAGAGGGGGCCACUUGGGAUAUAUAUACUCUUCAGAUACUACGUUCAUACAAUAGAUUUUUUUUCCUUUCUG